AUUAUAGUUUCGGGUAUUUCAUGAGGCGGUAGACGGGUUAAAGUAAUCACGCCAAUGUUGUGUUGGUAUAUAUUGAUUAUUACAUUUAACAUAAUCGUUUUGGUUUAAAUUACUACUUGUAGCAACAACAUUAUUCGAUGGACCGCUUAGAUGACAACCGCCGUUAAAAUACAAGAAUACUUGUGGUUUUUAAAAUUCCUGGUAAUCCUAAACGUAUCCUGGGUCCUGCGUGUUGGAGUCGACACAGCAAAGAUGCAGCGAGAAAAAACAAAUAACUCAGGCGGGGCUGAAAAGCCUGACCGGGAGGCUGCCAUCAUGUCCAAGUACUACGAUGGAGUUGAAUUUCCUUUUUGCGACGAAUUCUCCAAAUAUGAAAAACUGGCAAAAAUAGGACAAGGAACGUUUGGGGAAGUGUUCAAAGCCAAACACAGACAAACUGGAAAGAAGGUUGCCCUGAAGAAGGUUUUAAUGGAAAAUGAAAAAGAAGGGUUUCCAAUCACUGCGCUCAGGGAGAUAAAGAUCUUGCAGCUGCUCAAACACGAGAAUGUGGUAAACUUGAUUGAGAUCUGCAGAACCAAAGCAACUCAGUAUAAUCGCUACAAAGGCAGCAUCUACCUGGUGUUUGACUUUUGUGAGCACGACCUGGCCGGGCUGCUGAGCAACACCAAUGUAAAGUUCACCCUGUCAGAGAUCAAGAAGGUCAUGCAAAUGUUGCUCAAUGGAUUGUACUACAUCCACAGAAACAAGAUCCUUCACAGAGACAUGAAGGCAGCCAACGUGCUCAUCACCAGAGACGGGGUACUCAAGCUAGCUGACUUUGGUUUGGCUCGAGCUUUUAGCCUGGCCAAAAACAGCCAGGGAAACCGCUACACCAACCGCGUGGUCACAUUGUGGUACAGACCUCCCGAGCUGCUGCUUGGUGAGCGAGAUUACGGCCCCCCUAUCGACUUGUGGGGAGCGGGUUGCAUCAUGGCAGAAAUGUGGACAAGAAGUCCCAUCAUGCAAGGAAACACAGAGCAGCACCAGCUAACUCUCAUUAGUCAGCUUUGUGGCUCCAUCACUGCUGAGGUGUGGCCAGGCGUGGACAAAAAAUAUGAGCUGUACCAGAAAAUGGAGUUGCCCAAAGGCCAAAAGAGGAAAGUGAAGGAUCGUCUCAAAGCUUACGUCAAAGACGCCUACGCUCUGGACCUUAUUGACAAGCUGCUGGUCCUGGACCCUGCCCAGCGCACAGAUAGUGAUGACGCCCUCAACCAUGACUUUUUCUGGUCUGACCCGAUGCCGUCGGACCUGAAGACUAUGUUGUCAACACACAACACAUCCAUGUUUGAAUAUCUGGCCCCUCCUCGGCGGAGAAGUCAUAUGCCCCAACAGCAGCCCAACCAGAACAGAAACCCCGCCACCACCAGUCAGACUGAGUUUGAUAGAGUCUUUUGAGAAACAGACAUUUUCUGUAAAAAAAAGUGCACCACUGAUUUAUACACCGUUUUAUAUCCUUAUGUAAUGCUCUGUCUGUGGGUGAAAAGAGAGACUUCAACUGACAGUAGCCAUGCCAAGAGGUUUAAUAUUUAGUUUUACAUGUAUCAGUUUUGCUUUUCAAUGAUUUUUGAGUGUCUCACGUGUCUGCUCAUAGCCGUGAAAAUUGUGGGGUAAACCUAUUCCAAAUUUUACACAUCGGCAACUCUGACACUCCUAAAAUCCAAAACAAAAACAUUGUUCCUUCUUAAUUUGAAUAAAAGCAAAACCCAAGCCACCAAAAUCCUGAAAUAUGUUUGUAUGGUAAGACCCCCAAACCCCUAUCGCUUUUGUGCAAUAUUCUUCAACCAAAUUUUAAGACAUAUUCGAGAUAUGACGGAAUAUCGAGGUUUCCGCUGGGCAUUAAAAAGCAUUUAAUGUAGAGAUGUCCAAUAAUGGCUUUUUUACCGAUAUUCCGAUAUUGUCCAACUCUUAAUUACCGAUACCGAUAUAUACAGUUCUGGAAUUAAUACAUUAUUGUGCCUAAUUUUGUUGUGCUGCCCCGCUGUAUGCAUCAAACAAUGUAACAAGGUUUUCCAAAAUAAAUCAACUCAAGCGAUGGAAAAAAUUGUCAACAUGA